AUGGCGUCGUCCUUCAUUACAUUUGUAAUGAAAAUAGUUGUUUGGGUUUCUUUGAUCACCAUUGUAAGCCCUGCAACAACAACAAUAGCACCAAAAGAAGAAGCCAAGGCUCUACUCAACUGGAAGGCUAGUGGUUCUUACUUUCCUGAUUCCUGGAAUGCAAAUGAUACAAGGCCAUGUAAGUGGGAGGGGAUAGUUUGCAAUGCAGUGGGAAGAGUAACAGUGUUAGACCUAUCACAUUCCUUCGUAGUUGCUGAGCUCGAUAGAUUGAAUUUCUCUUCUUUCCAAUAUCUAGUUCGUCUCGAUCUCAGUUGGAAUGAUGGAUACUACUUCGGUAACCCUACCACAGGAAUUUGGGGAACCAUCCCAGACGACAUCGGUAUGCUUUCCAAACUUACCCAUCUCUUCUUAUCUCGCAAUAGAAUCAAUGGCCCAAUACCUCGAGAGAUAGUAAACCUCAAAAAUCUCAAUCAGUUGGACCUCUCUUACAAUUGGAUCACUGGCUCAAUACCUCGAGAGAUAAGAAACCUCAAAAAUCUCAAUCAGUUGUACCUCUCUGACAAUAGUAUCAAUGGCUCGAUACCUCCGGAGAUAGGAAACCUAAAAAAUCUCAAUCAGUUGGGCCUAGGAGGUAACAUGCUUUUUGGUUCAAUACCUACACAGAUAUUGAAUUUGGAAAAUCUAAAAGAGUUGCGACUAGGAAGUAACAUGCUUUCUGGUUCAAUACCUCCACAGAUUGGGAAUUUGAGAAAUCUAAAUCAGUUGGACCUCUCUUACAAUUGGAUCACUGGCUCAAUACCUCGAGAGAUAAGAAACCUCAAAAAUCUCAAUCAGUUGUACCUCUCUGACAAUAGUAUCAAUGGCUCGAUACCUCCGGAGAUAGGAAACCUAAAAAAUCUCAAUCAGUUGGGCCUAGGAGGUAACAUGCUUUUUGGUUCAAUACCUACACAGAUAUUGAAUUUGGAAAAUCUAAAAGAGUUGCGCGACUAG